AUGCGGUCUCUAGGACUUUUGCUGCCUGUGGCGGCUUUGUGCACCGCCCUGGUAACACCUCAACAGAAGGCCCUGCUUGAGACUUUCUUAGAGAGUGAUCUCUUCCGUAACCAUGAUGAUGGUGAUCCGCGCUGGCCUGGAUAUCCAGGAAAUCCGAAGCCCGGCUAUCCACGUCCAAACUCCGAUGAACCAUGCCAACUCCCAUACGGAUGUGCGUCGAACAGCUCCAUCUGGGAAUUGAUAAACCAAGGUCACGAAACCAAACAGCUUGCGAAUAUGCUGGGGAAAGAUAAUGAUCUGAUUAAGCUGCUCAGCAGUACCGAGCAUAACUUCACCUUCUUUGCAUUGACGGAUCGUGCUCUAGAUCGGUUGAAAGGUCAGAAUCCACUUCAUUCGAUGCAGGAGAUGCUGCGUUAUCAUGUUGUUUUGGGGCAAUUCUCUAUCAAGGAUCUCAAAGCCUUUGAACAUCAGACGCUUCCGACUGCAUUGAAUAUUACUACGCCGGGGCAAGCGACGGGAGAUGAAAAGGAUAACGAUAAUGACAAGAACAAGGACGACAAGAACAAGGACGACAAGAACAAGGACGACAAGAACAAGGACGACAAGAACAAGGACGAUAAGAACAAGGACGAUAAGAACAACGACGACAAGGACAAGAACAAGGGCCAACAAUCGCCCCAGCGGCUUCGAGUGGAUAUAGUUAAGCAUUCAAUCCUCCUGAACGGGGAAACUGGUAUCACAGCAGGAAACAUCAUCGCCAAAAAUGGCAUCAUCCAUCAUAUCGACAUCCCUCUGACCCCACCCCCAACAACAAAAGCCAUCCUCAGUACCCUCCCCGAGCAAUUUAGCAUAUUUGCCCUUGCUCUCGCUCACACAGGGCUGGACAGCCAUCUAGAUGCCAGAACCCGGACGACUGGUACAACGUUUGCACCAACGAAUGAUGCCUUCCGUACUCUCGGAACACAAGUGAACGAGUUCCUUUUCUCACCGCAGGGUGAAGAGUGCUUACGUACGUUGCUGAAUUAUCACCUUGUUUUGAAUCGGACUGUCUAUUCGGAUGCGGUUUAUUGGGCGGAGGGGAAAGUUGAUGACUUGAGGGAUUUCAUGGUGGAUCGGGGGCGAGUCUCUGCGAAUAGGGUGGGAAUGGCCAAGAAAGUGAAGAACUAUCCGGUUGUGCAUGUGGUUUCUCCGACCCUGCUGAAUGGUUAUGAUGUGACGGUGGAUAUUCUGGAGAAAGACUCCGGGAUGGAUUUUAGGGUGAAUGGGUUCUGGGAGCCGACGGUCGAUGUGUUGGCUCAAGAUGGGGUUAUACAUGUUCUGGAUCGCAUACUGAUUCCACCCAAGGUGUUGGGUGGAAAGACCAAAGGGGCAGAAGCGACGGACGAGAUGACGGUGAAGAUGUUGAGGGAGCGCUUGGGUCUGGAGGCCAGAAUGGAGCUGUAG